CAACCUCGUCGGCCCUCGAACGGGCGAUCCUCCAUCCUGGCACUUACCUUCAUCCUGGUAACUCACAAGUCCCCGGACCAAAAACAGGAAGUUCACGAUGAGUUCAGCAGCCGAGGACGAGGAGGCUGCAGCGUUAGAAACCGUCAAGUCGGUCACACUCACUCAAGACAGCGAUGGGAGCAUCAUACUGCACUGUCCUCCCAACGAUGAUGACUCCGAGCCCCUUCAGAAGAAACUGCGCCUCUCUACAGAAGAACAGGAGGACUCGGACACGCCUCAAUUCUCUGUGGUCACCUUACCGAUGUCGGAGAGCGACGAAGGCUUCGAGGUGACGAUGACGGCCACGGCCGACGGGGAUCUCUCUGAGGAAGGUGUCGCUCAGAUUCAGAUUCUGCAGGAGGAUGAGGACUCUCUCUCGCCAGAUCAGAAGACAGAGGUGUCACCCGUCAGUCAGGCCUGGUUCACUACGAAAGAAGACAAAGACACGCUGGCUAACAAAGGUCACAAGUGGAAACAAGGCAUGUGGUCUAAAGAGGAGAUCGACCUUCUGAUGAGCAACAUCGAUCAAUAUGUAAAAGGCCGAGGCAUCGAGGACCCAGCAGAGAUAAUUUUUGAGAUGUCCAAAGAGGAGAGGAAGGAUUUCUACCGCUCCGUCGCGUUGGGCUUAAACAGGCCGCUGUUCGCCGUCUACAGACGAGUUCUGCGAAUGUACGACAACCGCAACCACGUCGGAAAGUAUACUCCUGAUGAGAUAGAUAAGCUAAAAGCGCUGAGGGAGAAACACGGGAACGACUGGUCGACUAUCGGGGCAGCUCUGGGUCGCAGCGCCUCUUCUGUCAAAGACCGCUGCCGACUGAUGAAGGACACCUGCAACACAGGUAAAUGGAGCGAGGAGGAGGAGCGACGUCUCGCUGAGGUCGUGUAUGAGAUGGCGGGUGCGUCGCCGGGGUCGGCGGUCACAGGCGGCGUCUCCUGGGCGACGGUCGCCGAUCAGGUUCGCACGCGCUCAGAGAAACAGUGUCGGUCCAAAUGGUUGAACUACCUGAACUGGAAACACAGCGGAGGGACAGAGUGGAUGAAGGAGGACGACAUCAACCUCAUCCGCAGGAUAUCGGAGAUGGAGGUGGAGGAUGAGAAUGAAAUCAAGUGGGAGGAUCUUGCAGGCGGGUGGAGCAGCGUCCGGUCGCCGCAGUGGCUGCGCUCUAAGUGGUGGAGCAUCAAGAGACAAGUGACCAAUCACAAGGAGAUCCCUUUCAAUGUCCUCCUGAAGGGUCUCCAGGAGCUCAUGGCGUCCUCGCAGACCGCGUCCGGACCAGGAAGUCCCUCCUCCUCUGCACUUCAGAUCCGACUCGCCCGAUUGGAGGAGAGCGGCGGGAGCCCGGCCCCCAGCUCCGUGGCGGCGCUGCAGAUUCCCUUACAGAUCCCACUGCAGAUCACACACCUGGCUUCCGAUUCUUCAGCAGCAGCCAGCGAGAGUGAGACCAUCACUCUGAACACCGGAGCCCUGCAGACCUUCGAGAUCCUUCCUUCCUUCCACCUGCAGCCCACGGGCACCCCGGGGACCUACUACCUCCAGACAACGUCCAAUCAGGGCCUGCCGCUCAGCCUCUCCACCAGCUUAGCCAAUAACAGCACGGUUACCCUGACGACAGGCUCCUCACCCUCAUCACAUGAACACAUCAUCCUUCACAGCCUGUCGACGGACGGCCUCUGCUCCGGCGACGGCGUCAUCAUCCAGACAGUCACCUCUGACCCCGCCUCCUCAGACCCUCUUAGCCAAUCACAGCUGGUUGUGGAGACAGAGGGGCGGAGCCCGGACGACCGCCUGGAUGCCACGAGUCUCCUGGAGGAGUCCGAGAGCGUUGGCACGGAAACUCAGGAGCCAAUCACAGACGACUUCACUGACAAGGAGCUGAGUUCACCGUCUGUUGAGGGUCCAGUGGUGCAUUCUGGGAUAACAUCUGGCAGCACCGUGCUGAUUGUGUCUCCUCCCAACAUCAGCAGCACACUGACAGAUCCGAUCCUGGAGAACCAGGAAGGCUGCGACUAAGCUGGGCGUCCAUCGCGGCAGGCGGCGUUUCAAAGACAGAAGAGGACAGGAGGAGGCUGCUUCCUGUCUCUUGACCCUGGUGAAGCUGCUGCAACAGGACAAAAA